AUGCUGGACCUGCACGAGGCGAUGCGCGGGCUGCGGUUUGCGCCAGAAGCGCUGGCCGUGCUGGAUGCGAACCGACAAGUGCGAGUUAUUUCCCGACAAGCCGAGCGGUUGUUUGGUGUGCCCGCCGCGGAGAUUGUUGGACGCACAACAACUCAUUUAUGGGCGUCCGAUGCCAGAUUGACGUUUACGCUUGCACUCAACGAGGCUGCACAGAGGAUUGGUCAUGCAGAUACGGCAGCUCCGGUUAUUCGCCGGCUCAAGACGGACAGGACCACGGUUGAUAUGAGUGUUGCUGCGUGGCACCCUACCGAUGACCCGAUGUAUGCUACUUCCAAGUCGCCCAAGAACACGCUGCCGGCUCCGCGCACAAUCAUGAUUCACGAGUGCUUUUAUACCAUUUCCUUGCGGGAUAUAGCCGCACCUCGCCGCACCUCACGUCGUUCCAGAAAGUUACUCGACCAUAAGGCAUACCUUGAGAUACCCACUCCCAGUCCAACAGAGGAUGGAGGUUCUCCUUCUGUCGAUUUUUCCCCGUCCCUGUCGCCUCUGGUCUAUUCGGUCCCGUCACAGGUCAUAUCCCCUCCCACAACUAUCAGUCCGUCCUCGUUGUCGAUUCCACAUCGCUCCGCACCGUCUCCAACAUUCUCUCGAUCAUCCUCGUCCCCACCGCCAGCAUCACUAAUCGAUAUGCUGCGAGACGGCGUUAUGGAUGCGAUCGACACCGGCGUCAUGGCUCUAUCCGUCGACGGAACGGUAGCGGUCAGAAAUCAGAAAUGGCUUGACAUUACCGGUGGAGGAGAAGUAGGAUAUUUUGACCUAUCUCGCCAUAGUCCCGCAGGGAGCGACCAUGGCUCGUCCUCUCCGCCCCGAAUCGACUUUGCUGCUUUUGUUUUAUCCCAAAUCCCGACUUGGCACCCGUCUUUUAUCCUCGCCGACGUGGACUUUACGUCCCGACUCGAGCCUGUGGACCAUCCACUCUACCAAGCAGCCGUCCUCGGUCAAGUCGUGGCUGAAACUCAGUGCGGCGCUAUUCGACUCGAAGGCGAGGCCCAUUACAUCCAGCCCCAGCCAAAAGGACUAGACAACCACGCGAUGGAACUGGACGAAAACACAUUUGCUCCUCGGCCCGCUGCACCCACCACCGAACUCGAAACCCCUGACUCGGCCGAGGACCACGAGCGUUCGUCGCCCUGGGACGGCCCGACGGCCGACAAGAGCGAGAUCGGAACCGAGUGUGCUCGCUCCGAGACGACCGGCACACUCAGAGCGCCCUCUCCCGCUACGACCAUGUCUUCGCUGCCCAACGACCCGAACCUGUGGGAAGUCGGACCUGCGCUCGAUACCGAGGUGGCUGCGCCCAACGAAUCGUCCGGGAGCUAUUUCCCGUCGGUGUCGUCGUCGUCUUCUCGUAUCACCAGUGUACCGCCCGCCGCCGCCAUCUCGAGCUCGUCCCGCCCCGUACUCACCGGCAUACCCUCAAGUCCCAUCCGCAAACCACACAACGCCGAGCUUUCAUCUUCGGGCUCGUUGCCCCGGGGCACCAAGCUCAUUCUCGAAAUCUCGGCCCGGCCCAUGCGAGAUGUUCGAGGCGAGCUCAUCGGGGGCGUAAUGACUGUGCGGGACGUCACGCAAAAGGAAAAGGAGAGGAUGGAGAGCAUUCAUCACGAGAGCGACAUGCAAUUCGAGCGGGUGUGCGACUGUUUGCCCCAGAUUGCAUGGACGGCUCGCCCAGAUGGGUACGUGACCUAUUUUAACAAAGUCUGGUACGAGUAUACCGGUGUCGAUCCGUUGAAUUCGGAGGGACUGGGCUGGCAGGGACGGUUUCAUCCGGACGAUAUGCCUUCGACGAGCGCAGCAUGGUCUCACGCGCUGCAUACCGGGGAAAUGUACGAAACCACCUACCGAUGUCUGCGCAAGGAUAAUGUCUACAGGUGGAUGGUCGGGCGAGCCGUGCCUAUUAAAGAUGCGCAUGGGGGGAUUGUUAAAUGGGUAGGCACUUGCACGGACAUUCAUGAUACCGUCGAAGCUCUCGCCGAGUCCAAACGAGCCAAGGAAAGACUACAAAUGACGCUUCUUCAUGCGGCCGUGACGUUGUGGACUGUAGACCAAGGCAAGUAG